AUGCCUAAAGAGUUUCACCGGAACAAGGAAUCGGACCAGGGCGAUGUCGUGAUUGCGGGCCCCAUCAUUUUCUUCACCUCCGCCCCGGAUUUGAACUCGGCUCAAAGUCCGGGGCAGCCCCGCACCGUCGCAUCUCACCAACACACCCAGUCUCACUCUCACUCGUCGAAGCGCUCACAGGUCUCCUCCGAUUCAGCCAGCUUACGACGCACCAUGCGUGUUCCAGACCUCAUCAGCACCUCCCAACCCGACGCCAACGCACCAUCGCGACGUAUACGGCGACGUCAUGACAACACCAGCUCUUCACCGUCCUUAUCGGCCUCCGCAUCGCCGUUGCCAGAAGAUGCACCACGACCACCAGCGAACAAGAGGCGCAAGACGACGACAGAAUCCGCGGGAGGAACUGCAUACGCGCGGAGAAAGCGCGCCGUGACCGCGUGCGAGUUCUGCCGUCUGCGCAAAACGAAGUGCGAUAAUGCCCGGCCGGUAUGUGGCUUCUGCCGCCGGCAACGCGCAACUUGUGUCUACGGUGACGAGGAAGAAGGUGGCGGGGGUAAUGUUGCGAGAAACCACGAGGAAGAUGGCAGUGCCGUGAUAUUGGAGCGGCUGGAUGAGAUUAAACAAAUGCUCCAGAGCUCACCGAGGGGCUUGGCGCCGACGGCCGCGUAUGCCGCGUAUCAGCCGGAGCCCUCUACCGACGCCGCCGUGCCAUCGCCGAGACACCAAGGUUUUGACGUAGAAGGGGUCUCGGACCGCGGAGAGACAUCGCGGACGCUGUACUCUGCGCUGCGGUGCGAGUCGAUGCUCCGCUGGCCUGUUUUUGAUGGGCUUAUACCGGAGGAAGAUGCGAGGAUCGAGUCUUUUAUACUCGAGUUUGGUGCGGAUCUGGAUGAUGCGGCAGCUGUCGAGGAGAGGAUAGGACCGUCGUCGACUUCUUCUGGAGCAGCUACAGGACCUGGGAUAAGGGAUGAUGCAUUCGUGCCGCUGUGCCAGAAGUUCCUGAUGCAUGCCCACCCGCGGAAUCCCAUCCUUGAAGGCAGGGAACUAGUAACCUACUCAAAGCGGGCGGCCGAAAACGGUGUGGGAUGGGAUUCAGCCUCAUGCUUAGUGUUACUCGCCUGCGCCUUGGCUUGCCUUACGACACCAUGGCUCCCUCCCGUCGAAGAUACCCCUUUUACGAUGACAGUCGCCUCGAAAGAUGUGGCAGAGAUGCCCCUCCCUGCGAUCAUAGAGCCGGAGGACUGCGGCGUGGCAGAUGCAUACUACCUCGCCGCAUCAAAACGCAUCGGUCUACUAGGCCCGUCCAUCCUCGACAUCCAAUGCCUGUUCCUAGCUUCCAUCGAAAUCCUGCCCACUCUAGGCCUGAGAUCAAGCGGCCUCGAGGACUUCACCUACCCAGACUCCUUCCCCGCCCCGCCGUCGACCCUCUCCUCGGCCAGGCCCGCCGCCGGUGACUACUACGCGUGGUCGCCCAUGUCCGACGACCAGCAGCGCGUCGAGGAGGAGCGCAGCUGGCUGUACUAUCUCGCCGAGAUCUCGCUUCGGCGCACCAUCAAAGACACCAUGGCGGUGCUGUACCGCAAGGGCGAGACGUACUGGCUGCAGAACGAGCAGCUCCUAGUUCGACAGUAUGACGAGUUCGAGAAGGAAAUUUCCCAGCUGCAUUCUCACCUGCCGCCCCUGAUUCAGUUCGACGAGCACCGCCACGCCGACAACGAGCUCGCGUUCUACCUGCAGGGCAGGUUCCAGGGGUGGCGCGAGGCGACGCUACGGCCGCUGCUAUACUGCGCGCUCCACGCUCCCGGGGAGGUGAAUCCAAGGGUUGUCGAGCUGGCGCAGAAGGCCGUGGAUACGUGCUCUGCCAUGGUCGUCAAGACCGCAUAUCACCAUCGCCACGGGGGCAGUUGGUUCGUGGCGAGGAGGGCGUUCUCCUGCGCACUGAUGAUUCUUGCCGCGAGGCUGCGGGACGGGCCCGUGAGGGCGCCGCCGAAUUGGAGAGCUUUGAUCAGAGAAUGA